AUGGGCAAACCUUUGGACGAUUAUGUCGAUCACGUUUCGUUCGAUGACUUGGCUCCCUCUUUUUUUGAAGACAAUGACACAUUUCCAAUCCAUCGGAGAGGGAGCCAGGACGUGACUUUCAAAAACCCGUUUCUUCAGGUCCCGGAUGCCUCGUCACUUGGCCGUCCUAACCUGUCGAAUUCGGAUAUUUCAAGCAGUUUUAAGACCUCGUCGCGGGGCUCGAGCUCAAACGCGCUCAAUGGAAUGGACCGCUCUGUUUCAGGGAUUCGGUCGCCCAUGUCCCAAGGACCGUCCAUUAAUAGUGGCUCCAGCUCGCCUGGUGAAAGGGCGUCGCCUGAAGCGACGAGACGUUCGAUUUUACGUCGGCGGGAUUUUCCUGGACAUGAAGACAUCAAAGAUUUCGAUUUGACCGAACUCGAUUCGAAACAAGAGCAUCAAAUAAACAGCGUCACUGGCAAAAAUACCCAAGAAAACUCUGGUUGUUCCCACGGUUACACCACGUCUGCAUUUGCAAACCUGAACGAAUUAGAGGAUAAGAUUAUGCGUGAUGAUUACAAGGGUAAAAAAAGUGCUUCCAAACCGCAACGCAAAAGCUUUGCUGGAAUGAGCGACGCGGAACUUGCUGAGCUCGAAAAGAAAUAUGAGGCGGCUUCAAGGACCAAUUAUGACAUGCAACAAUUCGAUUUUGGUAAGCAAGAACAGGUCUACAUUGAGCCCGAUCACACCAAGCCUGUCGGCCCCGGUAAUCAAUGGCCACAAACAAUAUAUCCCUCUCGACCCUGUGUGAACCACAAUGCCCUAACUGUCACCAAAAUGCAUCGUGAUUUCUUCACCUACGUUAAGGAUAAGAGGCAAACAGAUAAUAAAGAAUCUCUCAGAACUAUUCUAUGUGCUAUCUCUGGCAGACGACACACCUGGUCUGCAGUCGAUUGGUAUGUGAAGAAUCUUGCUCAAGAUGGUGACCAUUUAGUUAUUGUCACAAGAAUUCCUCAAUUUGAGGAUAUGGCUAAAUCAACGGCUUCCUCGCAAACCAAGCUCCUGGAUGGGUAUGACAUCACAAAUAAUAAAACCAAGAGUCCAAUUGUCAGCAGACGACCAAGUUCUUCCGAGCGUGACUUGAUCAGUUUCGAAAUAGAUGCUAUAGCACGCCAAAAAUGUGGUGACCUUUUACAUUACUACCUGAGCAAACUCAAUGGAAAGAUCGUGAAGGUUACCGUAGAACUGAUCAAAGAUAACUCCACCACCUAUGCUUUAACAUCUGCAAUCGCUUUGUACAGGCCCGACUUUAAAGUUGUCAGCACGGUAAGCACCAAUUUGCAUAUCAAGUUCAAAAACGGUCACGUCAAAUUACCUAACUUUUUGAUGAGGCAUUUCUGGGUUCCCACCUACGUGAUUCCAUAUGAGUUUAUUGAUCCAGCAUUGUUAGGUGAGAGGAAAGAACCAGUCAAAAGAACUGUGACAUUUCCACCGGAUUCGACAGAUGAUCAAAUUAUGCAAAACAUGGACAAAAUCAUAUCGCGGACUUUUUCAAAUCCUUACACACCCAAAAACAGGGCACGAGCCUCACAGCAGGACCCAGAUACUUCCAGCGUUGACUCUUAUUUCCCUGUGGACCCUGAGACCAAACGCAAAGCAGAAGAAUUUGAAACAGUCGGGUAUCUAAGACCCGUUCCAACGCGUCGAGAAGGUGAUUUGUCCAAGCAGACUUCUUUUGCAAGCUCGAAAUCUAGUCGGCGGAGCUCUAGGAUACAGUUUGCAACCAGCGACGGCAGCGGCAUUUAUAAGGUCAAAUCUAUGAUAGACUACGAUGACAAAGAUGGUGGUACCGCCAAAAAAACGAAGUCGACUGUUUCUCAAUUAAGCAAUGGUACUGGAAAGUCAAUUUCGGCGAAGAGGCCUACCAGCAGCAGGCGCACCAAAAGUGUUGAAACCGUUCCCGGGACGGAGAAUAAGAAAAAAGGUGGAAAAGUUGCAGAUUUUUUCAAGAAAAUUGGUUUCGGAAGGUAA